AUGCCCAUCUGCAUCUCCUGCCGCACCCCCGUCCGCACGCUCUACACGACCUACUCCAAAGCCGACGACCGAGCCCUCGGAAAAGGCGUCCGCCUAACACAAUGCCCGCACUGCAAGAAAUUCGCCGACAAAUACGUCGAACACGACUUCGUCGUCUUAUUCAUUGACCUCGUGCUCAUCAAAGCUGAGGUGUACCGGCAUUUACUAUUUAAUCGGUUGGAGAGGGGUGAUGAUAGGUUCGACGGUGGCAACCAGCGUUCCAUCCUUCGACUAGGCAUCCUGCUCCUCCUCUUCGACGUCUACCUCACAUGGGCGCGCAUCGAGAAGAUUCCGCUGCCUGCUGAUUCGCCCCUCUUAUCCCCUUUUACAGCACCCCCGAACGCGUCGGCGCUGGGGUCCCUGCAUAGCGGUGUUACGAAUGCGAUGGUGCUCCAGGCGUAUCCGCUGGGUCUCCAGUAUCUGUUUUUUCUGGGCCUCGUCACGCUGUCGACGCUGGCGUUUCACUUGCCGAUUCGUCUGCUUUGCGCGUAUAAUCCUGCCGGCUUGCCGGGUGUGCUGAGGAGGCUAUGGCAGAGGUGUAUUGCGUAUUUUCCGAAUCCGACGCCGCUGUCGACGGCGCUGCUCGUGUCGUCUUGUACGAAGCUUUUUCCUAUACUACUUAUUGUCUGGGAAUACGAUUUGCCGAGUUCGGCGACGGCGGUGAGUUGCGCGGUUAUUGUGAAUAAUAUUGCAGCGCUGGAGAUCUUGAUGGAUUGUGGGUAUUUUAGAGCGGGGAUCCUGGUGGGUGUUGGGGCGGGAAUGAGAAUGCUUGUGGGAUGGUCGAUACUGCGGGCAGCUGGGCUAGGGACAGGGUGGGAAGGAUAUUUGAGUGAAUGGACGGUAGCUAGCACGCUCUGGGGUUGGGCAAGCAAUGCGAUUAGUUCGUCUUGA